AUGCCCCCAUCACAACAACAACAACCAAAAGACGGCGCCGUCCUCACCGCCACCUUCCAAGUCCAAGACACCGACCUCGCGAGCGCCAUCUCCCCCGACCCGAGCGACGUCUACGCCCGCGUCCUCGCCACCCCGCGCCUGGUCUCCUUUAUGGAGAUCGUGUGCGCGCGCAUGCUCGUCCCUCACCUCGCGGACGGCCAGCUUUCCGUGGGCGUGCGGGUGGAGAUGGAUCACCUAGCCGCGACGAAUGUGGGAGAGACGGUGGAGGUCAAGGUGACGUUUCUGCAGAAGGAGGGGAAGCAGUUUGUGUUUGAGUGCGUGAUCUCUGACGCGGGUGGGGAGGUGGGAAGGGGAGUGUGUAGACGUGCGAUUAUUGACGAGAUGAGGUUGAUGGAGGGGGCGGGGAAGAGGGCGAAAGGGGGAAGUCGACUUUGA